CAGAACAGCUGAAUGAAGAAUUUCAAAAUGCAGUAUUACCAGUCACUGUGUUUGUUGGCUUUGAAGCAGUUCUCGGAUUUUUCGGAAUUUUACUGGUACUCUAUGUGUUUUCAUUCCACUAUCACGUGUGUAACUUCCGGUAUUUCGUGAUGCGUUUAGCGAUAAUUGACGUCACAAGUAGUUUGACCACGAUUCCAGGAGAGAUUGUGACGCAGCUAUAUUGGUAUGUGUAUCCUCAGCGUGAGCUGUGUAAGAUAAAAUCAUUCUUUAAUGUUUUCACUGUUUCUGCCGAAGCAAUGUGUCUACUCACUAUCGCAUUCGAUCGUUACAGGAAGAUAUGCAAGCCUUUGGGUUGGCAAAUCAAGCCCAGAACCGCUGUAUACGUGUGCGCAGCUAUAUUUGCCGUUGCAGUUAUACUGUCUUUUCCAGUGGCAAUAUUAUGGGGAACACAUUCGCAUCUAAAAGUAUAUAAAGGUGUUUUAAUAAAUGUCACGGUGUGUGAAAAGGAUGAACAUUUCGAGAAUACGAAAUAUCCACUAAUAUAUUCGCUCACUGUUGAAGUAAUUGUUUCCAUAAGUCUUCUUUUGAUGCUUAUUUUAUAUGUAUUAGUUGCAAGGAAACUGUUAAAAGAAAAGCAAAAGAGAAAGAAAGCUUACGCUAAUCCACCAAUUGUAGUGGUUACGCCAGCAACCGCGUCACAAACUGAUUUCUCUUGUAACGCCAUCACCGUUAAUUCCCAUACAGAAUUUAGCGAUACCGGCAUCAGUUCCUUCUUGGAUAUGAAUGGACAACCUAGAAAUGAUCGUAAAAACCCGAAUGUCACGUCUGACGACGAAACUGAUUCUCAAGAACUUGGUACAACCCUUCAAAUACCGACACAAGGAAAGCACGGCCUACCAAGCACAGCGCGCCAAUCCCCCAACUCUCCACGACAAUCGCGACAAAAAAAUGAACAUUUCUUCCAGAGUUAGACGUAAAACACUUGUACAUGUAAUAUUCAUUAUAAUUAUAUAAUUAUAUAAGAUAUGUUAUUACUAUUUUCAUUGGAUGUUAGCACUUGAUGCAAACAGGAACACGAAGUUAAUAUACAUGCAGUACUUGUUGUUUUUAGAAAAGGUAUAGAUGUAAGAAAUACAAGUGUUAGCAUUUCCAAAAAUAUUGUAAAUUGCGUACAGCCGAGUAUCCGGAUUUUUUUGUUCUUUAUGUAAAAUAAACUCUUUCCUGAACGAAAGCGAUAAUGUUUCUUCUUUUUUAUUUAAAGAGAAAUAUUCUGAAUUCAGUUUACCCCGCAGGAGCCUGCAAAUUGGUUUCGAGCUUUGUACAUAAAGAUAGUAUAUUAAAUAUAGGUAAUAAUUUUUUAUGAAUAAGUAAAUGUUUAUCAAAUGUAACUUAUCAUUUUCUUGAGAGAAUCUGGUUACUCGGGUACAUAAAGUUUAGAUUCAUCGACAUGUUAUCUUACAGGAUCUAGGCCAAUAAAGAUUUUUCCCCAUUCAUGAUGAUAAAGUAUGAAGAACGCAAUCUCUUCUCACUUAGCACGAAUCGUCACAAGACAUAACGGGUAUU